AUGCCUAGUGCGGAUAAAUUCACCUUGUACUGGCUCGAUGAGUCCAGAGCACAGAGAAUCAUGUGGUUGUUGGAGCUCUUAGAACUCGACUACGAGAUCGAAGUGUUCCUUCGGCACCCUGAAACUUGGAGAAGCCCUCCUGAGCUCUUCGAUGUGCACCCACUCGGAAAGUCCCCAAUCUUGGAAAUUUCCUUCGCAGAUGGAAGACCAGACCUACAACUUGUGGAGUCGGGAUUGAUUGUUCUGUAUCUUUUGAGAAACUAUGACAAGGACUACAAGCUCACUCCUAAGGAUGAAAUGGAACAACUUCAGGUGGAAGAGUACAUUCACUACACCGAGGGAACACUCCAGCCUAUUUUGAUCACCAUGUUGAUCAACACCUCUGUGAAGAGAAUUGCACCACUUGGAUUGAAAACUGUUGCCAAGCUUCUUUCAAAAGGAUUAAACUACGGGUAUUAUAUCCAUGAGUUCCACUUGAACUUGGCAUACUUGGAUAUGAAACUUCGCAAGCAAGGAACUGGCUUCUUUGUUGGCAACAAGUUGAGUGGUGCUGACAUCAUGUUGAGUUUUCCCAUUUAUGAAAACCUCUUUGACAACGAGAUUGGUGUUAAGGAAUGCUCUGGGGAGACAGAAUUACAUAAGAAAUACCCAAACCUUGCUGCAUGGAGUGAUCGUCUUCGGAAUGAUCCGAUUUAUUCACGCAUCACCGAGGUGAUGAGAGAGAAGGUAAACGAACUCUAUCUUGAGAAGCUGAAGAAGAAGCGUUGA